AUGCCGCCGGGAGAAUCCCCCCGGUCCUUCCGCCACCCGCCCUCGCGCAACGGCAGCGCGGGCGGCGAUAUGAGCUCCGAGCCUCCCCCAUUCUCGGAACACAACCCGUACCAGCCCCACCUCCCCCACUACGCGACAAACGCGCGCCAGCCGUCAUCGCUUAGAUUCUCCUUUGACAAUAAAUGCGCGCUCGGCGCAAGGCAGGAAGACUCGGGGGAGGGGCCCGCGGGGAACGCGGAGACUGCGCGGAGAGUAGGCGGAGGAGUUGACGGGGAGGGGGGUUGGGGGGAGGAUGGAGAAGCUGCGCAAAGGCGGCACAAUAAUACAGGCGCAUAUCCCGCGCAGGGGUUUGGCGGAAGCUUUGGCGGAAGCGGAGGUCCGCAGCCCGCGGGCCUCUAUCAGGCGCAGUUUUAUGGCGAGUUCCGCCAACAGGGGAACCUGCGCAACCAGAACGGGGGGAACUGGCGGGGAGGGGAAGGCGGGCUGGUGCGGGAGGUGUCUGUGCUUCCCGAGCCUCCCUCCACAGCCUCGGAGGAAGCUGCAGAUUGGGCCGCAGCUGCGGCUGCCGCAGCAGCACGGCAGGCUUGGGAGCACGUGGGCACGGUCCCUGUAGCGACGGGCACUGUUCCUGUAGCUGGAGGGGAGGAGCGGUCAACGUUGAAUGAUUAUGCCAUGGUGCCUUCUGCAGGAGGGGGAGCAAUGGGAGGAGGAGGCGGUGGGACGGGAAGAGGUGGUGUGCGUGUAACGGGUGUGGGCCAGAGGUUUGUGGCUCAGAGCAACAGAGACUUCGCAGCAGCAGAAGCAGCAGCAGCGACAGCAGCAGUGGCAGCAGCAAGGGCAGCAGCAGAGGAAGCGGCCGUUCCUGAUGCCCCUCCCCCAGCAGCAAGCGGCGAGAUCAGCAAGUACGAGGAACCUUCCAGCAGCCUGCAGAUAAGCGCGGGGGGGAAUGGGGGCACAAGAGGGGAGAAUGCAGGCAUGGGCGCAGCAGAGAACACCGGCCAGCAGCAGAGGUUCAGUGUGAGGGGGGGGCCUGGGGGGGAUGCAGUAGGGGCAGGAGCAGGGGGGUAUGUGGGAGGUGGAGUGAGGAUGAGUAUGGGUGGUGGGGGGUUCGGUCCGUUUGGGUUGAGACCCAAGAGACCUGAGGUGAGUGGGGAUGUUGCUUCUAUUUGGCUCAACCGGUGGUUGCGACCCCCCACUGCUGCUGCUGGCGGCGGUGGUGUCGGUGCUGGUGCUGGUGUUGCUCAGGAGAAUCCUCUGUCUCUCCCUGUGUCAGGUGAAUUUCCAGGUGGUGGGUCUGUUUCAGCUUUAGCAGCAGCUGUAGCGGAAGCAGAGGCGGCGAGGCGUCGGUUUGAGAGGGGGCGAGUGGCCAUGCAGAGCUGGAAGAGCAAGAGCAGACCCGCUAUUGCUCACACAGGAGCAGCAGCAGGCGCAGGAGAAGGAGCAGCAGCAGCAGCGGGUGGGGUGGUAGGGGAGGGAAUGGCACGGGACAGCUCAGCACUGCGAGUGGCUGCGAUUGAAAAUGACGUGGCGGCUUGGUCUGCCUUGCUGGCAGAGAGGGGUGGAGGCGGAGGAAGAGGAGGAGGAGGAAGAGGGGGAGGAGGAGCAGCAGUGGCAGCAGCGAGUGAUGCAGGGAGCAGCGGCAGUCAUGAACAGCAGGCACAUCAAACCCUCCAGCAGCAUGAGCUGGAGAUCCAAUCCCACCGCGACCAGCAGCGCGCAGCAGCAGGGAGUGCACUGUUCGCCCCACACUCUUCCCUCCACAGCCAGCAGAACCUGCACGCUCUCUCCAUCCACCCCCCCUCUCACUCUCACUCUCGCUCCUCUGCCACUAGGAGCUUUGGAGGGUCGUCCUCCCACUCGCCCGCUCCUCCCUCCCCACCUGUCAGGGGCGCAGGGCCAGAGGGUCUUGAGAGAGUGGCGGAGGGAGGAAUUGGAGCAGAAGGAGGGGUAAGAGGAGGAGGAGGGGGAGCGAGGGGAUUUGGGGCGUUUGGGUCGGGCUUUGGUGGUGUGGGCCGAGGGUCGGGAGGUGGCAGGCUUGGGGCGUUAAGAUCAGGAAUGGUAGAAGCGGGAAGAGGAAGGGGAGGAGGAGGAGGGGGCCAAGGAGGGAGAGGAGGAGCAGGAGGAGGAGGAGGAGCGAGCGAGGCAGCAUCAGGGGGGCCUGUGUUUGUGAAUACAAGGCGGACAGAGGAGUAUCAAAAGCUACACCAGUCCUCUAGCACUCUCAAGCCACCAGGCCACCCUCCUGUCUCUCCGUCCGGAUUCGCUGCAUUUGGAAUGCGGGUUUCUGCAGCUGAGAGCGUCAGCGGCAAGCUCAGGUCGCUCCGAGCCGGAGGGCUAAGUCCGGCAGCGGCAGGUCCGGGAGGAGCCGGAGCCAAGCCGGGUGUUGCGCGUGCAGGUUCGGGGUUCAGCCUUAGUGCAGCAGCAGCUGCGGACGCUCUUACCAAUGCUGCUGCUGCUGCUGCUGGCCUUGGUCCUGCUGGUGCUGCCAGUAACGUUGAUGCUGCCGUUACUGCUGCUGGUCGCAGGCUAACUAGAGUGGGCAGUGAGGGUGCACGUGCUACUGGUGCUACCUUGCCUCGUCUUGGCAGCGGGGGUGGUGGCGGGGGUGGUGGAGGGGGUGGGUUCACGUGGAUUCAGGGAGGGUUUGUGCGGCGAGAAGGCUCAGCUAGCCCCGCUGCUAGUGCUGGUAGCGGCGGUGCAGCGGCUGUAGCGGCUGGUGGUGGUAACAGUGCUGACAGUGGUGGGGGUGGCAACAUGGGAUACGAUUUUGGAUACGACAUGGGGUAG